GGAUACCUUCCCCAAUCAUGGCGGACAGGGUAGCAGGCUAACGUGAACGGCUAGCAUGCAGGGCGAUUGUUUGAUUUAACCCGUUAUAAGCUUUCAGCCUUCUGGUACUGUCUACAUAGGAUCUGCGGCCGCUGGACAGAAACUGGUGUUAAGUGCAGGAGCAGCACACCUGUGACAUUCAUUUAAAAAUCAGGGGCCAGGGCAGGAUGGAAUGUGCAGUGCACGUUCCCUCAGGCGAGGAUGAGGCAGCUGAGAAAGAUGAUGUGAAUGCAAAGGAAGGAAAUGAGCCCCCCCAUAAGAAAAACAAAAAACACAGAAAACAUAAGAGCAAAAAGAAGAAGCGGAGGAAGAAAGGGGAGAAGGAAAGUAGUUCGGAAUCUGGUGCUGAGUCAGAUGUAGAGCCACCACCACCACCAAGACCUGUCAGGACCACCAGAGCAAGUGCCAGACUGGCAGCAGCUGCAGGAGCUGGAGACCAUACUGGGCUUAAAGAGGAUGGAAAAAAGGAUGCAAAUACAGGUCGUGCUGAAGCAGAGGUAGAUGCCAAAUCCAAGAAACACAAAAGACAUGCUGCCAAGAAGAAGAAGAAAAAGAAGAAGAAGGAUGAAAAGCAGGAAAAGAAAUCCCCAUCUCGCUCUCCAUCUGAUAGUAGCUCAGCUUCAGGUUCUGAUUCUGAAGGUGAAGGAGGUAAAGUGGCUGGUGACGCCAAAUUCACCCCUGCAGUGUCUGAUCUGCAAGAACCAGUCUCCAAGUUGGCUCCAAGAAGUAAACGAGGGGAGGAGAGAGGGGUUCUCAACCUCACGCAGAAACCUGAAUGGCCUGAAGUGAAGAAGGAGGAGAUUUCAGACAUGGAUGUAUCUCCAAUUGUAAUAAAAGUUGAUAACACUAAUGGAUCAGAAAAAGAUAUCAGUUUGCCCCCUGCAGGCCAGGAUGAAAUACACACGAUGACGGUUCAGGUUAAGACAGAGGGUAGUCAUGCUGAUGGUGCGUUCAGCCUUGCCCAGGAACUUCCUGACAUCAUCCCUAAACAGGAAGGUGCUACGCCAAGAGAUGACCCAGUCCUGAAAGAUCAGGCCAGUGUAGUUCAGAAGGAACUAAAUUCCCCCAGGUCCCGUUCUCCCUCCCCCUCAAGGGUCUUAGACAUUAAGAGGUCUGGCUCAUGUCAUAGUCGUUCCCCAACACCUAGUCCCACCAGGCUGCAGUGUGAUAAUCAAACAGCAGCAACAAUUGACAAACGUUCAAGAACCCAUUCCAGAUCAACCUCAAAGGGUAAGCUUUCUUCAACCCCCAGAAAGAAUCGGCAGCUUUCCCGGUCCCCGUCCCGUUCUCAGUCUCCUAAAUCUAGGAGGAAAUCUCACUCCCCAUCACCGAAAUCUCCCAAGAGGGCCAUUUGUCGAUCACGCUCCACCUCUCGCUCAGUCACCCCCAAGAAGAAAGUUUCAAAGCCAAAAAGGAAGUCCAAGUCUCCUAAAGGUCGCAGACCCUCUUUGUCUGUUUCCCCAAAACGACGAAGAGGUUCUCCAUCUCCUAAAGGAAAACUCUCUCGAUCCCCUAAACGCAGCGGGAGGAGGUCUCCCUCUCUGUCUCGGUCUCCAAGGAAAAGCCGAAGAUCUGAGUCACGCCCCCGUGGAGGAACAAGGCGCACAAGGUCCCGCUCACCUAGGCGAGGCGGUGCAGUUGGAAGACGUUCACGGUCACGAUCUGAUACUAGAACCCGCAGAUCCCACUCGAGAUCAAGGCGCCCUGCUCGACGGUCCAGGUCACGGUCACCUGGAAGGCGGGCAUUAGGCAGGCGUUCCCGGAGUCGGUCUCUGUCUAGACGUAGGAGGUCUCCCCCUCCCAGGUCUAGACGCUCUCGCUCCCGGUCAUUCCGCAGGAGCAGACGGACUAGAUCACGUUCUGUUGUAGUCCUUAAGCGCAGCCGUCGCUCCAGAUCCAGAAGUCCCCGCAAAAGGACUAUAUCCAGAACCCCUCCCUCGAGACGGCGGUCUAAAUCACGAUCACCAGUCAGAAGGCGUUCUCGGUCUCCAGCCAGGAGAAAUCGUUCUCCACCAAGAUCUGGAAAGCGUUCCAAAUCCCAGUCUUUGUCUCGAAGGCGUAAGUCAAAGUCACACUCGCCACUGCCUGGAAAGAGAAGGUCCAAAUCUCCAAAGAAGAGCGGAAGACGGUCAAAGUCUAAAUCUGUCUCUGCAGGCAUGAAAAGGUCUAAAUCCAGGUCUGACUCAAGUGAUGGGCGGUCUGACAGCUCGUCCCCUGCCAGAUCCACUUCAUCCUCUCCGGUGAAAGAGGUGAAGUCUUCCUCACCAAAGGCAGCUAGAGAAAGUGGGGGACCUUCAGCAACAGCAGGUUCAUGGAAACCCAUGUCCUCAGCAGCUGCGUCCAGCCCCCAGGCUGAGAGCUCCUCCAAUAAGCUGCUGCCUGAGACACAAGCUCCUGACCAGGAAAAGAAACAGAAAGAACGUGCCAGCUUAUCCAAUGAACGAGAAGUGUCCAGAUCAAGGUCUGUUUCAAGAGAGCCCGGUACUGGUCCAGAUGGGUCAGAGCAUUCUGAUGGCUCAGAUGAAGAGGAAGAAUCUUCCUCUCAAGUUAAAGUGACUACCAAACAUCAGAGAAGCUCCUCAGGUUCAGCAUCUCCUGGAGUGCAGAAGAAGCAGCUGUCACCAGUGGAUCGCAGAAAACUUUCACGCUCAACUUCAUCGCCUCGACGAUCAACAUCCAAGUCUACAUCCAGGAAGAAGCUGUCCAGGUCCAAGUCUCCAGUCAGAAAAAGAGACUCUGUAUCUCCAUCAGGGAGGAGGAAGCGACGGUCUAAAUCCCGGAGCCCUGCCCGGCGACGAAGGUCACGCUCAAAUACAAGACGAAAGCGUUCAAGGUCCAAGUCUAGAACCAGAACCCGCCGGUCCAAGUCUCCAGCUCGCAAGAGACGAUCGAGAACUCGUUCACCCAACGCUCGUGGAAGGAGAAGGUCCAAGUCGACGGACAGAAGCAAGCGAUCCAAGAGUCGUUCCACAGGCCGAAGGAAAAGGUCUCGGUCUGGAGACAGGGGCAGGCGAUCGAGGUCUCGGUCUGCUGAGCGCAGACGCAGGUCUAGGUCAAGGGGCCGAGGGAGACGCCCAGUGUUUCGCAGUCGUUCAUUUGAUAGACGGGAUAGGUGGAAAAGGGAACCAAGUCAUUCGCCAGUUCUCAUUCUCCGCAAACAGCGUCGCUCAGGAUCUCGGACGAGGCGCAGCACCAGCAAGACCCCUCCACGGCUCACUGAACUGGAUAAGGACCAGUUGUUGGAGAUAGCCAAAGCUAAUGCUGCAGCCAUGUGUGCCAAGGCGGGGGUGCCCAUUCCUGAGAGUCUUCGGCCCAAAGCUAUCCUCCAGCUCCCUCUACCCACUCCAUCUCCUGCCCCCCUCUCUUUGCCACUGCCUUUACCUCUCCCAAUGGGCAUGGGGAUGCCCAAUAUGCCCAACAUGGGUCCAAUGGGUCUACCAAAUAUUCCAGGAAUGCCCAGUAUGUCCAACAUCACUAUGAGUGCUGCUAUGGCAAGUAUGACGGCAGCUACCAUGACGGCUGCGUUGACCAACAUGGGUGCCCUGGCUGCCAUGCCUCCUCUCGCUCCACUUCCUACCAUCACCAACAAGCCUCCCCCAAGCCUCGCCCCCCCAGCACCAUCCCUUAACCUGGACCACAUCGAGGAAGCUAAGAGGAAGGUCACUCACCAAGCGAAUAUACACACCAUCAAGGAGCUGACUGAGAAGUGCAAGAUGAUUGCCAAUAGCAAGGAGGAGAUGGCCAUUGCUAAACCCCAUGUCUCAGAUGAUGAGAGCUAAAACCUUAAAAUUCACAUGACGCUCCGUUCAGAGGCUGAAGGAAAAUGUAAAGAAUAAAAAAAGCUGCAGGAGGACCUGCCUUCCCAGAGUCCUCUCUGGCUGCCCGGUGACCUGACUGAGCCACACAACUCGCCAAGAAGUCCACCUAAGUCGUCACAUUUACAGUGUAGGAGCACCAGAACCAGCCACUGCCCCUCUCAGCCCCCCCCCCCCCCCUUUGUUUCUGUUCCUGUGAGAGACAGCAGUCACCUGUGAAACCACUGACAAACCACACAGGUGUGUGAACAGGUGUGUGACUGUUCGUCAUGUAUAGUGGGGGAGUGUGUGUGUAUGUGUGUGUGUGAGGGUUGUAUGAGUGUGUGUACAUAGGGACUUUCACCUAAAACUCAGUGUUUCUGCUUAUUUAAGCAGCCGCUGUUCUAAUGACUGAAGAGGAAACAAACCAAACUAACAAGUGUUUUUGUAAAAGAUUAGUUUGACUUUUAUUCUCUCUCUUAAAGGACUGUGUAAAGUGGAGGCUGCCUCCCUGUUCUGCUGAAUCCCCCUCCCUCUUAUCUUUUCCCUGGUUUUAUAAACAGAUAAUACAACACUUUGGUAGAUCCUCAUCUGAUUUGUUUUCCUGAUCCUGGAUCUACAGUGAAGAACGUGACCACAUGUAAAUCCUAGAACAGGGUGGCAGAUUGAUCUAAACAUGAUGGCUGCAGAAAGAAGUGAUUCCUCCAGUCAGUACUGCCCUGGGUGUGUUUUCUGCAGUGGCAACGACUAAACUCUGAGCUGCUCUUUUAUUUCGGUUUGUAAGGUUUUUCCAAAUUGGAACUAUGUUUGUCAAUGUUUGAGCUGGACAUUUCACUCACAACAGUUUUUACACUUCCACCCCAACAUGCAGGGGUUUGUGUUUUACAGAAAAUGAUUAUUUAUGAUCUAAUUUAAGGUGUAGGAAAAAAACUUGCUGCUUAUUUUCAUGAUGGCAUUUUAGAAGACAUUUGUGCACACAUGGUAAACAUUGUCUUAUUUUUUUUAUCAUUGGGCCUCUGGGUUUGGCUCAUUUGUGGGGAUCUCUCAUAUUUGGAGUUUGCUAACCAGCCUUCAUGCCAAGCCAGCUAAUCAGUUCACUAAAACAUGAAGCAACAAGCUUAAAGGGAUAGUGGGGUAGAUUUAAAGUGGGGCUGUAUAGCCAUGUUUCCAUCAGGGGGUCCGGUUCGAUUCAGUUCUGUUUGGUAUGGUUUGGUACACUCAACCCCAAAAUAGUUGGCGUUUCCACAGACACCCGUGCUCUCACUUGGUGGGCGGGCU